UGUCCGCUCUUCAGCCGGCGGUCGGGGGCGGUGAAAAGCGAGUGAGGAGAGCGCGACGGCGGCGUAGCCAUCGCUGAGGGGAGAGCGAGGCCCGAGCUUCCGCGCCGAGAUUGGUGACUGAGGAAGGGAACCCAGAGACUCCUUGAACAACGAAGGCAAGCAUAGUGCCUAAGUGGUACCCAGCCUACAGACUGAAGUUCUUGAGUUCCUGAGUUGGGCACAGUCAAAAUGGUUUCAAUCCCAGAAUACUAUGAAGGCAAGAAUAUCCUCCUCACAGGAGCUACUGGUUUCUUAGGGAAGGUGCUUCUGGAAAAGUUGCUGAGAUCUUGUCCUAAAGUGAAUUCAGUCUAUGUUUUGGUGAGGCAGAAAGCUGGACAGACACCACAAGAGCGCGUCGAAGAAAUCCUUAGUGGCAAGCUUUUUGACAGGUUGAGAGAUGAAAAUCCAGAUUUUAGAGAGAAAAUUAUAGCAAUCAACAGUGAACUCACCCAACCUAAACUCGCUCUCAGUGAAGAAGAUAAGGAGGUCAUUAUAGAUUCUACCAAUAUCAUAUUCCACUGUGCAGCUACUGUAAGAUUUAAUGAAAAUUUAAGGGAUGCUGUUCAGUUAAAUGUGAUUGCUACACGACAGCUUAUUCUCCUUGCACAGCAAAUGAAGAAUCUGGAAGUGUUCAUGCAUGUGUCAACAGCAUAUGCCUACUGCAAUCGAAAGCAUAUUGAUGAAGUAGUUUAUCCUCCCCCUGUAGAUCCCAAGAAGCUGAUUGAUUCUUUAGAAUGGAUGGAUGAUGGCCUAGUAAAUGAUAUUACACCAAAAUUGAUAGGCGACAGACCUAAUACGUACAUAUACACCAAGGCAUUGGCAGAGUAUGUUGUACAACAAGAAGGAGCAAAGCUAAAUGUUGCCAUUGUAAGGCCAUCAAUUGUUGGUGCCAGUUGGAAAGAACCUUUUCCAGGAUGGAUUGAUAACUUUAAUGGACCAAGUGGUCUCUUCAUUGCGGCAGGGAAAGGAAUUCUUCGAACAAUGCGUGCCUCCAACAAUGCCCUUGCAGAUCUUGUUCCUGUAGAUGUAGUUGUCAACACGAGCCUUGCUGCAGCCUGGUAUUCCGGAGUUAAUAGACCAAGAAACAUCAUGGUGUAUAAUUGCACAACAGGCAGCACUAAUCCUUUCCACUGGGGGGAAGUUGAAUACCAUGUAAUUUCCACUUUCAAGAGGAAUCCUCUCGAACAGGCCUUCAGACGGCCCAAUGUAAAUCUAACCUCCAAUCACCUUUUAUAUCAUUACUGGAUUGCUGUAAGCCAUAAGGCCCCAGCAUUCCUGUAUGAUAUCUACCUCAGGAUGACUGGAAGAAGCCCAAGGAUGAUGAAAACAAUCACUCGUCUUCACAAAGCCAUGGUAUUUCUUGAGUAUUUCACAAGUCAUUCUUGGGUUUGGAAUACUGAUAAUGUCAAUAUGUUAAUGAACCAACUAAACCCCGAAGAUAAAAAGACCUUUAAUAUUGAUGUACGGCAGUUACAUUGGGCAGAAUAUAUAGAGAACUACUGCAUGGGGACUAAAAAAUACGUAUUGAAUGAAGAGAUGUCUAGCCUCCCUGCAGCUAGAAAGCAUCUGAACAAGUUGCGGAAUAUCCGUUAUGGUUUCAAUACUAUCCUUGUGAUUCUUAUCUGGCGCAUUUUUAUUGCAAGAUCACAAAUGGCAAGAAACAUCUGGUACUUUGUAGUUAGUCUGUGUUACAAAUUUCUGUCAUACUUCCGAGCAUCCAGCACUAUGAGAUACUGAAGACCAAGAAUUUAGCAUUAGAACAUCUAUGCAUAUGGUGAUCUAAAUGCACAAAAUGUAAAAUGUACCUAAGUCAUCUCACCUUUUGUUAAGACAUUAAACCAUCUUAAGUUGGAGCGUGGAGUAAAUUAUGGUCCAUUUUAUGUAACAUUUUAAUGUUUAUGCUCAAAAUAUAGUGAACACACUGUGGUAUGCCAGCUCAGAUCUGCAAUAGCCACUCAAACUAUGACUUACAUUUUGGUCCUUGAAAUGCAGAGGGUAGGAAGAGGGCAGAAGCGGGGCUAUGGGAACAUUGACCAGUAUAACUGUGCAGUUCUGGAACAUACUAAUUAAAACAUGCCUUAACAUGCAGUCCUAAUUUCAGUGCAAUGGGAAGUGUACAGACAGGAGGCCUAGUUAGGUUAGUUAAGUAUUUGAUUUGAUUCUUCAUUGUUGGAUUUCUUUUUUUUUUUUUUUUUUAAUCAAAUGAGAUGUGGGUUUUAGUUUUGUUAAGAACACAGCCAUGUAUUUUUUGCUUCCUAUAAGUUAAAGAUGGUAUCAGAUGUAAAGACAUGUUCUAAUUUUCUUUCUGAUUAAAUGUGUGUUGCAUAUCAUUUUCCUGCAAGUAAUCAGUUGUUCUUAUGAUCAGAAGGCCAAAUAUUAUUCUAUAGACACUGAUGGAUCUAAGUGAAUUUGAGAAUCCAUAUCAGUAUAUGCUCUGUGCAUUUGAAGCGAAGUGAAAACAUGCACAGUAAAACUGUGUUAGUAUCAAAAGAAUGGUACAACAUUUUUCUAGUCUACAUUUUGAUCAAAUGGAACUCUGGUGAGAUGUGUUUUCAUUUUGAAGAGGAUUUCUUGAGACUUGAUUGGAGAUGGGAUUAGGGAAGGAUUCAUCAUACAUGUUCUCUCUAUUCCUUUAUAAAUUUUCUCACAAGAUUCACCCCGUCUGAACAUGCAUUAUUAUGAAGAAAUGUAGUUGCAGCUUUUAACAAAGAAAAUAUCCUCAUGUGUUUGUCAACACAUACUGAUUUUGACCUUGAAAGCUGAAUUCCUUAAAAAUAAGUAAUGCAUAAGUAUGUGUAUAAAAUUAAAUAAAGGAUUUUACCAUGUAAAGUAGCAAACUUUUGAAUGAGUAUCAAGUCAUCAUUUCUUUGCAUGUUCUUUUAGCUUUAGACAGACAUGAGUUAUAGAAAUAAUAGCAAGAAAACUGAUGUAUAUUUAUUGAUACAUUACAAUUCCCUUUAAAUCUUACUAGUUUGUUACUAUUUUAUCAUAUAUUUUCUUUAAUGGCUUGUUCAGCACAACACUUAUAAUUAAGCUGAUCAAGUUGUACUACAUUUAAAUCAUCAGCAGUGUAUCUUGAAAGUGCUUAAAGGGUCAGUUCGCAGUACAAGAAAUUAAAUGUAACUUUACAUUUUAAUUUUUUGUCAAUGAAAUACAGUGUAAAAGUUUAUUUUGCUAUUGUGGAAAAACAAAAUGUAAAGGAAACCAGCUUUUUCCAUGCAGGUGUGUAUAGUCUUGAAAAGGAAAAAAUGCUUCUUUGUUGAAGCCAGACUUUGUGUAGUAAAACUUUUAAACAUUAUUUUAAAGGAAAUAUGUAUGUAAAUAUCUAUGUAUCUUUGGAAUGAUACUGAAGUCUCUGGUCUAGGACCAUGCCUUUUGUAAGGUAUGAGAGACCAUGAUAGUGUGUGAAAUGGAAUAAAUGAUACCUUUGAUUAAGGUGGCCCAUAUAAUAUACAUUGAGUACUCCAUGUCUCCAAGUACAUUUCCAUGAUGUAAUGAAAACACACUAACCUUUGUAUGAUUUUUAUACAUCUGCCAAAUAUACCUAGAAUCUGGUGAAUUGUCUUUGGGUCUCAGAAAAGAAUCAGGUGCAAUGUGGGCAGGUCUGUAAAGUGAAUUGGACAUGUAUCUUCUGUUUUAUUGCUUGUGUAAUCUAAUUUAAAGAAAUGCUAACUAGGGCCUUGCUGAGGUUACAAAUUAAUUUUAUAUGUUUAGAAUCCUGUUGACAAAAGGUAAUGAGUAAAUGGCAUUCAUCCUGGAAUUUACAAUUUUAAAAUUAGUAUGGAGGGUAAAAUGUGAGAUUGUCAGUCCUCACCAAGUAUGUUUUGGAUUCAAGUCAUAUUUAAAGAGUUUAGAAAUGUAUUCUGUUUGUAAUUUGCUAGACAGAGUUUUUAGUUCUGGUUAUAUUUUUCAUACAGAAUAUUCAAUAGGACAACCUGUAAAAUAAAUUGAUUUCAUUCAACUCAUUUGACAAAACUGUAUUCUAAACCAUUUAGGGUUUUCCCCUUAUCUUUUCUUCUCUGAACUCUGGCAUACAUAUUUGUACACUGUAAUGUCAUUGUAACCAUUUAAUUAAUUGCCUUGGCAACGCUAAUGUAUCUUAAAGCUUAGUGCAGAUAAGCAUGACCAGGUUGUAUGUUGUUUGACUUGAGGGUGACAUAGAAUAAGUGUUCCUCCAGUCUGCCAGAUGACUCUUGGAAGUGGGAGGGAACUUUCCCUUCUCCCCUUUGUGUUUGUCUGUAGGAACUGAUUGGAAAACUUUGUUUUGUGUUUUGUUUGUUUGUUUGUUGUUUUAAGUGUAAACUGAUAAUCUUUUAUAAGAAGUCAAUAGAAGCAUUGGGUGCCUUUGUUUGUAAACCAAAAAGUAAUAAAUGAAUCCCUAUAUUUCUAUUCUA